AUGGCUUCUGUACCCACACUCCGAGAGCUUGCAAAGCAAGUCUCUGAAUCCAUUUCAAACGAACAUUUGUCCGGUAGUACGUUUGCUAUCGGCGGCGAGGUUCCUAUCGAGCAGUCGCAAGGCCAAUCUAGCCCUACAGCUCAGGUUGCGUCUUCUUCGGUCAUUCUUCGUUGGGACAAUCCAGCGGAGCGUCCUGGUCCCCAGCGAGUCUCUUUCCCAGUCGCUUCAGAUGACGACGCCGUCGCGUUCGACCACCUCCUCAAAGUCUCUGAAAAGGCUACAUUCGGUCUUGACGGGCGGCACGAAUUCGAUGAAACCUACCGCAAGGCUCAGAAGCUCGGUGCAGGUGAUUUCUGCACCACCUUCUGCCCGUAUGAAACAGGCAUCAUCGACGCUGUUUGCCAGGUUCUUCUCCCCAGUUAUGACAUGGACGAAGACAAGCGGGCAAUCCGUGCGGAGCUGUACAACAUGAAUAUCUACUCCGGUCCUUCGGGCAAGUUCAAGGCGCACGUCGACACUCCUCGUUCGCCCUACCAAAUUGGCUCCUUGGUUGUCUGUCUUCCGAUGAAGCAUGAGGGUGGCGAGCUGGCCGUGAGACAUUUUGGACAGACUCAUUCCUUCGACUGGGCCAAGAGCUCCACCAAGUCUGUCAUUCAGUGGGCGGCCUUCUACAGCGACUGCGAACACGAAGUGUUCGAGGUCAAGUCCGGUCACAGGGUUACGCUGACAUACAACUUGUAUGCGACAGCAGGAAACGGAGACCUCGGAGGUCAAAUAUCUGCUUUCAGCCCUACUUCGCUGCCACUCUACAAGCAGGUUGUAGACUUGCUCGGCUCCAAGAAAUUCCAGUCCAAGGAUAGACUUCUGGGAGUCUACAGCACACACGCUUAUCCUCACACCGAGAAGGAGCACGGCCUUCCGUUCUGCCUUAAGGGUCUUGACAUGGUGAUCUACAACACCUUCAAGAGCCUAGGCUUGGAAGUACACUUGUGUGCUAUUCUCGAAAACCCGAAAGGCUUUCGAAGGCGCAAGCUUUACAAUGGGGAAUUCUCUGAUGAAGAUACAGAUGCCGAGCCAACGCAGAGGAAGAUGAGAUUGGCGAAGAACAAUAAUGGGGCCGGAUCAGACUCGGAAGAUGACGACGGUAGGAAGUACUACACCAGGACCGUAGGAUACAUCAACCAAGCAUACUCCACGGACGAGCAGGUUGAGUACCGAGAUGACAUGAAACGCAUCAUCAACGAGGCCAUGGGAACCGAUAAGGUUAAAUUCGACGCUAGCAAGAUCAUUUGGCUGAACAAGAACAAUGGCGAGUCGAAUAUGCAGGUGUCAUAUAUGGCAGUAGGUCCAGGUUUCGAGGCGACGGCACGGGCCCAACAUUUUCCUGAUCGAGCCUGCAGCGAAAAUGGAACCUUCCCAGGCAACCGCUCAAUGUUCCAAACUAACUUGCCGUGUAUUCUUGCCAAGUUCCUUUCCCACGUCACAACGAGCAUGAGUCCCCGUAUAUGCUCGUGCACUCUCUGUGGAUGGAUCGUCGUCGAUGCACCAGGCAGCGUUUCUUGGCUGAAUCAGUUCCGCGGAGUCACUUCAAGUCCAAAUGGCGUCAUUCUCACCGGUGUUGGCUUAUACGAUGAUCCGGCAAGGGGCGCAUUCAUCGCCCCAGUCGACCUCAAGCGUCGUUGGGAUGACCCAACCUACGACAGUACAGAUGAAGACCAAUUUGGUGCUAUGGGCUUCCCGCCAGUCAACGGAAGACACGGCUUUGUUUUCCAUGAAGCCUGCUGGGACCUCUUAGAGAAAGCCUUCCAUCCGAGUCCAGUUCCCUUAUUGAGACUGUUCGAGGUCUGCGAAUCACUCCCAUUUCCGCUAUUGUCAGUAGGUAUCAGCUGGGGCCACGACUACGGGGGAGCCAGUAUCGUCGAUAAUGAACACCACUUGCCGUUCGAGGACAGAUUUUCCGACCGGGACUACAUGGACCCCGACCCCAUUCUCAGCGCCAAUCCGUACGAAGCUGAAGAGGCACACCACUUGCUCACUGAGGCACAGGAAGAGCCGCCAAGUCCAGAAGGGCCUAUUUCCAAUGCUACAGCCCCAGAACCAGAACGGGACAGCUUCUAUGCGCUCCCAGAAGAGCUACGGUCAGCGAUCGCUAUUUGCCUACCGACUUUGGAUGUAUUGAACCUACGGUUGUCCUCACGUUCGUUCUGGACGAUUUUCAAUAGUCAACAGUUCUGGGCCUCGAGAUUCAAACAUAAGUCAGACCGCUCAUGGCUUUUUGAAUCCCAGGACGGUGCUCAGCCUCGGGACUGGAGAUGGCUGUAUCGUCGAACCAACAAUGCGCACAUAGGUCCCGGCCUCCAGAAUAGAGUUCGUAUUUGGAACCUGGCCCAGAAAGUUGUGGCAGCUCUGGACUUCCAAUGGAUCGACAGUGGUUCAGAACCUUCCCAGCAGCAAGGCUCGACCCAGCGUUUAAAAGUGUCGGGAGACUUGUGGGAGAGACCGAGCGGGCCACACCACUCCCACUUGGAUAAGGGUUGCCUUCUCCGCGAAACGUACCGCCUGGCCAUCCCUGAAGACCUAUCGAUGGUUUCUAUCUGGUCUAUUCCCGUAGGAGAGAUUCUAUACAUCGCUGGACUGAAGUUUACCACGGCCGCAGGCGAUGUUCGUCAAAUAGGCUACAGAACUACUACUGAGCAGUCCGUGGAGAUUUCAGACAUAAGCGGCUUCAAGCUAGCUGUGGGAGAAAGGGGGAUUCAAGCUUUGCAAUGCAUCAAUCAGAAUUUCGACACCUCCCACUGGCUCGGCAGUCCGGAGAUGUCGCUCAAGACACUGCGCUUCAAUGUAGGCGAGCGCAUCAACUACCUUGAUAUUGGAUUUGAUGAAAACGUUGACCCUGAAGAUGCUUACAUAUGGAUGGUGGAAGAAGGAUUCAUAGCUGCAUUCAAGGUCCUGGAGAGGCCAUCACUGGGUUUUAUGGAAGCCAGGUAA